AUGAGCUCGAUGGCAGAGGGCAGCGAGGACUGGGAACGAGAGGAUGAGCUGGAUCUAGGCCCAGAGGAUGAGGAUUCUCAACUUCCGGACCAUGGCGCUCUCCACCUCAGGCCUUCCCCGCAGGAGCCACUCGAAGACGAAUUGGACACAAUAGAAGACCAUGCGCAGGACCAGGCAUCGGAGAAGACCGUUCAAGCGGUGAUGGAUGGUCUUCCGCAGACACCUCCACAGAGAAAUGGAGAGUUUUCCGAACCCCCAGGAAGUCUGGACGAGACUGCGUCUACGCCCGACGAUUCUCCAUCGUUACAUGAUUCAAUACUAUCAUCACAGAGCAGCACUGCUCUGCCGCACCGAGGCUCCCCGCGAGUCAGCCCCAGUCCAGCCCAUCGUCCGUUUGACCUGCGUUUCCAAUCCCGUUUAUCGUCGUCACCCUUGAGCGUAUCGAGGACAGGCUCGCCAUACUUGGCUCAUCUACACUCUCGACAAUCUUCAAUCACGAGUCAGGUUUCACCGACCCCGGAAUCCGAACCUGAAGAAUCCCCAAGCCCUUGGGAUGUGGUGCGAUGGACAAAGCUGCGAAAGAUUACUGGACAGGCAUUCUCGGAGAUUGGAAGACGCAAUUUUGGGCGUCCAACUUGUUUGGCUGUCUCAACUACGAUUGUUAUUGGCACUUCCAAAGGCAUAAUCUUGGUUUUUGAUUACCAGCAAAGCUUGAAAUCUAUCAUCGGGACAGGAACCAAAGCUGUUGAAUGUGGACCGAUUACCUCUCUUGCGCUGUCGGCAGACCAUUCUACCGUCGCGGGUGGCCAUGAUUCUGGUGAUAUAUUCACAUGGGAGAUCUCACGAUCAGCUCGGCCUUUCCUCCAUAUUCCCCCAAUCCCCGCAAACCAGCUUGAGACUCGACUUUCCGAUGGCCAUAUCUCUGGGUCGGCUGUUAUUCACAUCGGAUUCCUAGGAAUCCGUCGUACUGCGAUAGUGUCAGCAGAUACGAAAGGAAUGGCAUUUUCGCAUUUGGCAACACGAGGCAUGGGGGCAGUCGCGCGAACGGUUAAAACAACUCGAAUUCUUGGCCGAUACCCACCGACAGCUUUGGAGGAGGUACGACCACGGAAGCCUAGCUCAGUUUUGUCCUUUUCUCCUCUGCCCCUCGGCAAUGUAGAACAGCCUUCUGAUUCAUUAGGUUUGGUUGCCUUGUUGACGCCUUAUCUCUUGGUCAUCGUGUCUACUACGCCCGUGGCACAGACACAACAUAAAGCACCAAGACCGAAGGAAGUUCCAGCUCAUAGCGCUAUGACUGGAGCGCUGGCUUGGUUUCCUGCAAUCAAACUGAAGGGCAAAGACAGUCAAACAUCGAACACUAAGCUCGUUUAUUGCUGGUCUAAUGUACUAACAGUGUUAGAAGUAACCGAGGCUGAAACAGAUGAGCCUGUGGAUAGAUCUAGGCCGCCUAGCCUGGUUUUCAGUGCACGCAGCAGAUGGAAGGCUGAUGAGCCAAUCGUAGCUGUGCAAUGGCUAAGCCGCUCUGUUUUAGCUGUGUUCACUAUCACCCAGCGACUUCUCAUUCUAGAGGACUACACCAUGCAUGUAACAGAUUCGAUCGACCUUGUGAGUCGACAUGUCUAUCACGCUGAUCUGUUCUCAUCCCAGCUCCAUUUAUUGGUUGAGCAGCUGGACGAACAUGACACUUCGAUGCACGGCGUGGUGGCAGAUGCAUUUUAUAUGAGCUUCCGCUCCUACAAAGGACGCUUAUUCUUGCUUGGCUAUAAUGAGGCCUUGGUCGGUAGUCUUUCAAACUGGGCUGACCGACUGCUUGCCCUUAUGGAAGCGGGUGAUUUCAUUGGUGCCAUCCGACUGGCAACUUCUUUCUACACAGGAGCUGCAGAGAAACUCACGGUCGGCCUCCCCGAGGAGGAUGCGUUGAGGCAGCCCCUUGUGCAAGAGAAGUUGCUGGAGAUGAUUUCUGCUUCUCUCAAAUAUGCAUUCGGUCGCAAUGCCGAGGCAGACAAUGGGAGGCUAGAGAAUCAACUAUUGGAGGAGCUGGCUGGAGUGUCUGUCACUGCCUGUAUCUAUAUGGCGGACGAGGAAUUCCUCUGGGAUGAGGUCUUUACUUGGUUCGAAGAGAACGACUCGGCGGGUAUUUUGAUGGACGUUCUCGAACCACGCAUCGCCGAUGGAACUAUUCGUUCGCUGCCUCCGACCGCAGUCAAAGCUCUUGUUAACCACUUCGUUGUCACCCAUUCGCCCGGUCGUCUAGAGGAGAUCAUUUGCCUCCUUGAUACAACUACAAUGGAUAUUGAUCAGCUGACGACGCUAUGCAAGCAACACAAUCUGUACGAUGCGUAUAUAUACGUUUGGAAUCGUUGUUUGCAAGACUAUGUGGGACCAUUGGAAGAGCUCAUACGCAUGAUUCCUCAACCCGAAAGACUCCUCAAUGGAAACUACGCCAAUGAGAUGAGCCGGCAGACGAAUGGGAUGAAAAUGUUCCCCUACCUGUCCUUCAUCUUAACAGGUCGUAUUUACCCAACUGGAGACGAGAUGGAAGAGACUGAAGCGUUCCGUGCAAAGACAGCCUUGUACCAAUAUCUUUUCUCGGGCCAAGUGUCUGACACAGACGCCAGAACCCCCGACAGUGACGACAUGUUCUCACAAUUGAAGGCCAUUCUCAAAUUUGACGCUUCAAGUUUCAUGAGCAUGUUUAAUGAGGCAUUCGAAGACGGCUUCUUGAAUGAGCCUGAAGCUGAAGAUUCUUUACCCUCUGGUGUGUCGCUCAACCGCCAGUACCUGAUUAGCAUCCUGCUUCAAGUAAUGGAUGCAUCAUUCUCCUCCUCUGAUACCAUUUACUUGGACAUGUUCGUUGCGCGCAAUCUUCCCAAAUACCCACAGUAUAUUCUUCUUUCAGGUACAACACUUCAUCAAGUCUUGGUGCGUCUUUGCCAAUAUCCUGAGCCGGACAUGGUCGAGGACUGUGAGUUGAGUGCGGAAUAUCUACUAUCUUUCUACCACCCACCGGAUAUCCAGCCUAUUGUACCCUUGUUCAAGGAAGCCCGAUUCUUCCGUAUCCUCAAGUCAACGUACCGCUCAGAAAAGCAAUACGCGGAGUGGAUUCUGACAUAUCUGGAUGAUCCGGUCGAUAAAGCUGCCAUUUUCACUGCUCUACAUGACUGUUUGCGUUCAGGAUCUAGUCUUGGUAAGAAGCAGCAAAAAGAGGUGGAGGGGGUAAAGACGCAUGCUGCGGAGAUCGCUCACAUCGAUGUGAAACGAGCAACACAAAAAAAUGCAGAGUCUGGCACCGGAAACCCAUGCUACUUUCCUACAAAAGUUGGGGAACAAGACCCGCUCAGCCAGUACCAGUAUCUACUGAUGCUUGUUGAUCAGAGCGAAGGCCAACUGCCAUCAGCCGAAAACUGGAUGAUUGAAAGCUACGUUGGUGAUAUUCAUCUUGACCAACUGCUUCCCUACAUUGAAGAAAGCGGAGCCAUCGAUGCAGCAGUGAUUCUGCUUUCACGGCAAGGCCAGUUACGACCAGCCUUGGACCGACUCGUCGCUCACUUGGCCACACUCGAGUCUGGUUUGGUGGGUAUUCUUCAAAGCAUGAGCGAGGCCCCGGAUUCUUCCAGUGCGGUCGAGGCCAUUGAUGACCUUCUAGAAUCCUUGAAGAAAUAUUCUGGACGCGGUGCGGCCCCGCUUGAACAACCAUUGGAAUUCGAUGAGGUUCUUUGGCUGGAUCUCAUCGAGGCUGUGGUCCGUAUCGCAAGCCAUGUCUUCGCGGUAAUGAGGGAGCAUCAUAUCGAGGAGUCAGCGCAAUCUCAGCUGGUUGCUACUUAUAUGGGUGGGAAUGUUGGCCAGUUGACGAGCUCUUUCCGGCAAUUGGUCCAACAAGUGUUUACUUCCUUGUUGGCGAGUACUGUGAAAAGCGGUGGUGGCAGCGAGCGUACUGACAUGUCAUUCCUCCGCAUUCUCCGUGCAUUCCUCACUCGGGCUGCUACUUGGUCACCCUCGCUUCUUGAACUGCGCGCGGUGCUUGCCUCCGUCUUCUCUGCAUACUCCUAUGAGAAGUCCCUUCUGACCCUUGCCAACGGCAUGUUAGAUCGCGAUCUAUUCGUGCAUGUGGACGAGGUCACCCGGCUACGACAGCAAGGGUGGCGACCUCGCGGACAAGUGUGUGAGAUCUGUCGUCGCCGCAUCUGGGGUCCUAGUGUUGGCUCCGCGCAUUGGACGGCCUGGGAGACCAAGCAGACCGAUGAGCAACAGCGUCGUAUUGCCAAGCGGAUUGAAGAAGGUUAUGAUCCUACUGAGCGGGGUAAAGGGAAAGCAGUGGGCGUGGAACGGGUUAGUCCUAAUUCUGCAUCUGACCACGAGCAUGAGCAUGGACACGAGAACGAUACUGGAGUCGCAAGUGGUCCGGCAACGCCCCCUGAACCUAUUGUAGUAUUCUCUUGUCGACAUCUCUAUCACCGAAAGUGCGUUUUAGAUGCUAUCCCUAUUCAUGGUCCUGAUCCUGCAUUCCGGUCUCAUGCCGAGUGGACUGGUGACCUAUUCUGUCCAGCGUGUACAUAG